CAGCAAUCAUGUGAGGAACGAAGUCCCGCCUUUAGAGUAAAACAUUCCACGAAUAUUGGUUGACGUGAAUGUCGGUCAUUUCAGUGUAAAAAAAAAAAACAGGUCGGCAAACCGUGUUUUUGCUAUUUCAUCGGCGCUCGACCAAGGUGAAGUGAAGAUGACGAUGAUGAAGGUGUUGGUUGUGGUGACAGCGAUGGUGUCGUGUGCACUCGGUUUUCCAAAACAGGACGACGUGAAAGCGGGAAAGAACUGGAUCGUCCUCGUAGCCGGAUCAAAUGGCUGGUACAACUACAGACACCAGGCCGAUGUGUGUCAUGCAUAUCAGAUCGUCCAUAAGAACGGGAUUCCAGAUGAACAGAUCGUAGUGAUGAUGUACGACGAUCUGGCUAAAAGUCCAAACAACCCGACUCCCGGAGUGAUCAUCAACAGACCUAAUGGUUCAGAUGUGUAUAAAGGAGUUUUGAAAGACUACAUUGGUGAAGAUGUGACACCUGAGAACUUCCUGGCAGUGCUGAAGGGUGAUGCAAGCCGUGUGAAGGGGGGAUCAGGAAAAGUGCUAAAGAGCGGGCCUAACGAUCACGUGUUUGUUUACUUCACUGAUCAUGGUGCUCCUGGGCUCUUGGCAUUUCCUGACAGUGAGCUGUAUGUGAACGAUCUGAUGGAAACAGUGCAGUACAUGCGCAAAAACAAAAAGUACAAGAAGAUGGUGUUCUACAUCGAGGCAUGUGAGUCUGGCUCCAUGAUGAAGCCGCUGCCGAAUAACAUUGAUGUUUAUUCCACCACAGCGUCGAACCCUCACGAGUCUUCCUAUGCCUGUUACUUUGACGAAACCAGAAACACGUAUCUGGGAGACUUGUACAGCGUUAACUGGAUGGAGGAUUCCGACAAGGAGGAUCUGACUAAAGAGACACUUGCUAAGCAGUUUAAGAUCGUCAAGAGUGAGACCAAUACUAGCCAUGUCAUGCAGUAUGGAAACAAGAGCAUGUCCAGUAUGAAGGUGAUUCAGUUCCAAGGUAACUCUCUGGGUGGAGCCAGGCCUGCAGAACCCAUGUCAUUGCCCCCGGUUAAACAGCAUGACCUCACACCAAGCCCAGAUGUUUACCUUUCUAUACUGAAGAGGAAGCUGAUGAAGAGUAAUGACAUCACUGUUGCCAGAGGUUACCUGAUGGAAAUUAGUGCCCACAUGAAGGUGCGUGAGCUGCUGGCAAACACAAUGCGUAAAGUGGCAGAGCGGGUAGUGAAGACACACCUGGAGGUUCAGCAGGUGAUAGCGGAGCAUCAGGAGCUCACACAGUAUCAGUGUUACAGAGCCGCGGUCACACACUUUAAAACAAACUGCUUCAACUGGCACGAUCAGCAGUAUGAAUAUGCUCUCAGACACCUGUACGUGUUGGUGAAUUUGUGUGAAAGAGGACACGAAGCUCAGAGGAUCAUGGCAGCCAUGGAUGAUGUUUGCUACUUCCGGCAGUAAACACAAUCUCACACACACACACACACACACACACACACAGGUGUGAUGAAGGAUGAAUGAGUCUUGGCUGAUCCUGCUUUUUGCACAAAUCAUAUCUGAGAGUGAUUUUAUUACCUUUGUUUUUAUCAUCAAUACAAUCACUAUAGUUGUAUUGUUUUUAUUCCUCAGUGAGCCAUUUGUUUUAAUGAAUGUUGUGCUUUUAAAAAAAAAAUUGAAAUUUCAGAAAUCACUAAAGAGGGGUUUGUGAUGUGUUAACAUGCUGCUGUUGAAACGCUAAAAUGUGUUUACAUGCACGGAUUGACACCACACACACACACACACACACACACACACACACACACACACACACACACACACGCAGUGUCAUUUCAGAGCUCACAUAGACACCUAGUGGCUGUAACACUCAUCGUGCUUUAAACUCAUCCCUGCUAUUAGAAUACUGACUAUAUUACUCCUAUAAAAUGACUUUAUUAAGUGGACUUGUUUUUAAUUGUUAAUCCUGUGUGUGUGUGUGUGUGUGUGUGUGUGUGUGUGUGAGUUUUCUAUGAUGUGUUAAGUCUGUUCUCUCUGCACUAAACGAAUAAUAGUCCACACUUAUGUAAUAAACACAGCAUGCUCAUUGCAUAUGAUUGCUGUUUAGACAUAAUGUGCUGCAUGAGGGAGCUGCAGGGAUUCAAUUUGGAGAAAUAGGGAUUAUACAUUCACUGAUAUUUAGAAACCAAAGCUUGUCUGAUAUCUGUUUGACCUGAUUACUGAAAUAAAUCUGAAUAUGGAAUCAGAA